AUGGCGGACGCCAUGCGAGCAGAAGGCACUAAGAGAGCUGGCAACAACGCAGCGCUUGCCAAACACAGCGCCCACAGGCACAAGCCAGCCUGCUACCCGCAACAGCCAGAGAUCAGCUCCCAUCAAGGAGUCUUUUUACGACAUCUGCCUUUAGGGACGCAAUACUAUACUUCGGCUCCAGCUCCAGGGCAAGCCCAAAAAUGGCGGAGGAGAUGGGGGCACAGCAAAACAGUACCCGCAGCAAAAUGGACACUCAAGACAAAAAGGCAGGAAAACUUACCCCUCAGAUAUGCAGGUGUACCAGCCUCCCACAUGAAGAGCCGCACCACACCCCGGGAGGGCCGCACAUCUCCAUACAGCCAACACAAACGACGAUGCCUGUCACAACACCAGCCGGUCCGUAGUAGGGCCUCGCAAAGCCCUCUGAAGGCGGCAGCACAGCGGAGACCCGAGAAGCCACACCGCUCCCCUACCACACCACCAGUGACAUAUUCAGAAGUGACGGACUAUUCUUUUAAACAUUAA